AUGGUCACCAAAGAUGACUUCCUAAAAGUGAUUGAAACAUCUGUUGACUCUCUGGAGGGUGAUGAGAAAAAAGCUUAUGAUUGGUUUGGUAACGUUUAAACUUUAUUCUUUUGUAUAAUGUGCAGAUGACACAACAACAGUCAUGACCCAUGAAAUAGAGUACUGCAAAAGCCAUUCAGAACUUUUGAAUGUCCUGUUAACACUGGCCCAGAAUACAGCAUACUAUUUUUUAUAAAUUAUUUAUAAUGUGCUGUUGGUUUAAGCAAGCUAGGAAUAGGAUGUUAUUAUUUAUUUUUUUGAAUCUGAGUAUUCAAUUUGAAACAAAAAAAUAAACACACUCGUUACAAAAAUAAAUUUUUACACAAUGAACCAGGAUGUACAAGUCCACUUGUUGAAAUUGAGAGAAGCAUAACUUACAGAAUCAACUUCAGAAAUGAUUCUUUUGUUUGGCAAUACAGAUGAGAAGUGUGAUGUCAUGUGACCGUGGUAUCACUUUUUUCUGGAUGACAACAAAACCAACGACAAUGGUGAUGGAAAGGAGAUCGACAAAAAAUAAUAUGAUUUUAUUAACAAACAACAACUUUGCACGCUAUUUGGUACAUUUCUUUGCCGUCGUUGCACCACUACGACAUGGAACUAAUUAACUAAAAAAAAAAGUUUAAAAAAUUAUCGCUUUCAUUUUCUAAACUUUGAAAUUGAAUAAGAUUGGUGAAUCUUGAAAUUGUGUGAAUAGACUUUUUAAGUGUCGUUUUCGGUUUGUUGUCUUCCCAAAAUUUUGCUACCAUGGAAACGUGACGUAGCAACCUCUCCCCUCUAUUUUGUGAUUCGUUAGCCUGCAUUAUGAUCAUUAUUGUCCCCAUGUUCUCAGUGUCAACUGAGGCAAAAGACCAGCGUUUCAGUUCACUUCCAACACUGCCUCAGUUGGUUCAGUUUGUGGCAGGACAUCCUUAUCUACCUUCAUUUCGGAUGAACAUCAGUUUCAGUGCUAUGGUGUAUCCAGAUGCAGAUACAUGUUUCUUCAGCCUUCGAUUACCCACUAUCUACAGCAGCUAUGAUGAAUUCAGGAAGGCCCUUAAUACUGCAUUACAUGCCAGCAUCUUGGUUAUGGAAGGG